ACGCUCUGCAGAUUUGGUGCGACGACACCGGGUGCAUCGUGUGCGGCAGCAACAAGGGGCCGCCAACCAUCAUGCUGUGUAAAAGAUGCGACAGCGGCUUCCAUUCAUCCGCCAUGCGUCCCGGUGGAGCACAGGCUGACCGCCGUGCCCGAGGAAAACUGGUGGUGCCCCACAUGCACGUAAGAAAAUGGAUGCCACUCUUCAACGACGACGUGCAAGCUUUCUUCCGAUUGCACUAUGAUCAGACCCCAUGGCGCUGCCAGCCCCUCGUUCGUCGUCACACUCGACCCGCCAGGUUGCUUCAGGCGCCCUCCCAAUCUGUACUUGGCUGGCGAGCCCUUACACGCGGGGCUGGUGACGUCGCUGUUCUCGCAAUCAGCGAUAUCCCGAUUAGCCGUCAGGGGCAGCAUGGGAUGUGUGGAUCACUGCCGUUGGACUGUGCGCCUGAAGAUCCGUCAGCUGAGGCGUUUGGCCUUCUGAGUUGUGUGGAGAAGAGGCGGCGGACGAGGAGUUCGCUGUCGGUACCCGUCGCUCACAGUGACGUGCCGUUUACUGCCGACGGACCGGUGGAGGACGAAACGGAUGAAGAGGAUGAGACAGUUCAGCAUGCGGGGAUACCCAGAUAGCAUCGAUUAAAUAUGUUUUUCUCUAUGUGUGCACACAAAAUAC